CGCUUCGCGUUCAGUUAUGAUAAAACAUCAGAAGUAACAGAGACUCCACUCUUGAAGCCUGUCCUUGGAGAAAUAUGGCUAACAAUGCAUCUCUUGAGCAGGACCCAAAUCACUGCUCGGCCAUCAACAACAGCAUCCCCCUGAUACAGGGCAAGCUCCCGACUCUAACCGUAUCUGGAAAGAUCCGAGUGACCGUGACUUUCUUCCUUUUCCUACUCUCUACUGCCUUCAAUGCUUCCUUCUUGUUGAAGCUGCAGAAGUGGACUCAGAAGAGGAAGAAAGGGAAAAAGCUCUCAAGGAUGAAGGUGCUUUUAAAGCAUUUGACCUUAGCGAACCUGCUGGAGACUCUGAUCGUCAUGCCACUGGAUGGGAUGUGGAAUAUUACUGUUCAGUGGUAUGCUGGGGAGUUCCUUUGCAAAGUUCUCAGCUAUCUGAAGCUCUUCUCUAUGUAUGCCCCAGCUUUCAUGAUGGUGGUGAUUAGCCUGGACCGCUCCCUGGCCAUCACUCAGCCCCUUGCUGUACAAAGCAACAGCAAGCUUGAACAAUCUAUGAUCAGCCUGGCCUGGAUUCUCAGCAUUGUCUUUGCAGGACCACAGUUAUAUAUCUUCAGGAUGAUCUACCUAGCAGACGGCUCUGGACCCGCAGUCUUCUCACAAUGUGUGACCCACUGCAGCUUUCCACAGUGGUGGCAUCAGGCCUUCUACAACUUUUUCACCUUCGGCUGCCUCUUCAUCAUCCCCCUCCUUAUCAUGCUAAUCUGCAAUGCCAAAAUCAUCUUCGCUCUCACGCGAGUCCUUCAUCAAGACCCACGCAAACUACAGCUGAAUCAGUCCAAGAGUAAUAUCCCAAGAGCUCGGCUGAGAACUCUAAAGAUGACAGUCGCAUUCGCCACCUCCUUUGUCGUCUGCUGGACUCCCUACUAUGUUCUAGGAAUUUGGUACUGGUUUGAUCCAGAAAUGUUGAACAGGGUGUCAGAGCCAGUGAAUCACUUUUUCUUUCUCUUUGCUUUUCUAAACCCGUGCUUCGACCCACUUAUAUAUGGAUAUUUCUCUUUGUAGUUGGGAGACUACACAAGAACUCAGAUAGAAAUAAGGUAACUAAUUUCACCAGCUGAGAAUAAACUCAAAGCUUUCGACACACUUAUAUGCAAGGCAGGGUUUAAGCUUAGAUUAUCAACCUUGUUCUUGUACAGAGUUUGUUGUUAGAGCUUCAGAAGACCUUCAAAAA